AUGGUGUUGGCGUUGUAUAUUGAAGAUCCUCGUCGGCAUCGCCCAAAAAAGCGUACCAAAGCCAUUAUUAAAACAAAAUCCGAUUAUAACGAAGAUCUUGAAGAACUUUUAGUUGAUAUGCCUUCUGCUCUAAGUGAAUCUUCUUUAUGGGAACAACGCAUACGGGAUCAUGUAUCCAAUGAAAUGGUAACAUCUCAUUCCCAUUAUGGAUUAAGGGGAAAGCAAGCUAUUGUUCCGGGGCAACCCCGCCAAUUCGAGGAUGCAUUGCAACCUAUUCCAGUUUUAUGGAUUCAACGCCCAGGUUUCCAGUGUAGUAACUUCGUACGUCAUGGUUAUGGUUGUGGCUGGGAUGUUAUUGCCCCAGCUGGUUAUGGUUUACAUAUAUGGUUGUCUUGUAUCAUGUGGGGUGCUCGACCAGGAGGAUUAAGAGAGUUCGAAACAAUAGGCCGAGAAAUGGGCAUUGAACAACAUUCACCGGAUACUAUUAGUGGUACGCAAAUGGCUGCCGAACGGUACGUAGAGUUGCGUGAUAAAUAUUUUCGUUUGCCACCCAACAAAGGCGUCAGCUAUCGAAAAUUGUCCAUUCUGUCACUAUUUCGUGCACCUUUCUCAGAGUUAGUGCGUGAUUGGAAAUCGGAUACCACCAAUGCGAACGACUUCUACGUCUUACGAGAUCGUUCUAAACUUACAGAUAUUGUUGAAUGUAUUAAAAGAUCAAAUCCGGCGAAAUUCCCGUCAAGCCUAAAAUCGGAAUGCCUAAUUCAAUUAAGAUUAAGCGUGAAACGUCGAGGAAGUCCAAAUAAUUUUUCUUUAAUCUGUUUACCUAUAAGAAACAAUUUUAAACGCAACUUAAAACACAUCUCUUUACGUAGUAAUGACCCCGUCUUCACAGAGCCUUUGUUGUCGGACCCCAAUGAAAAGGAACGCAAGAAAUUUCGAUUGCAACAUAAAAAGCUAUUAAAGCGUUUAAGAGCUCGAAGGAUUAGAGAGAAGCGUAAAAAACAGGAGAUAAGCAAUACCAAAGUAUACAUACGUUCCGCUGGGACGGCUGCAAUUUGUGCUGCACAAUUUAAGAAAAUAUGCGAAUUGUGGCUUUCUGAAGAUACUUCCACAUUACAUAAACAAGGAUGUCGAGACGUUUUUGGUUAUCUUACCUCUGUGAAUUUCUGCCUAAGCGGAGGUACAGAAACCCCACUACGCAGCGAUACGAAGCAGAGCCCUGAAGUCCACCGAAAUCUCCACCUGCCAUGCAACGAAGCUCGUAAGGAUAUAAAUGCAUCAUCUGAGCCUUCAACCAGUCGUCCUCAGCGAAGUCAACGGCGCCAUACCUCAAACUCAUCACAGGAUCUCUCACAUAUAGGAUCAAGUCAACAAAUUGCGAGCCCAAUAACGGCCAACGUUGACACACGACCAGUAUAUUUACUUGGUCGUAAAGUAGAUUGA